AGGAAAUAGGCCGCGUCUGGACGCUGCUGUCGCACGGCCGGCCAGGGGAUGCGCGCGCAGCCCUUCCUUCGCCCUCCCUCCCCGGAAGUUUCUGUGGGGCAACUGUAAAGGCUGUUGUCGAGAUGGAGUGUCUAACCCAGUAAUCCAAGGACCAGACCCUGAGUCCACAAAGCAUGAUCUCCUUCUGUCCAGUCUGUGGCAAAAGUGUCAAGGUAUCAUUCAAGUUCUGCCCUUACUGUGGCAAGGCCCUGCCUGUAGAGGAGGAUGGAGGCACCCAGCCUGCCGUGACGCCUCAUGUGUCAUCCGUUCCAGGCUCCAGGAGAAACCUGAACUCCAGUUUUGAAACCUCUCCCAAGAAAGUGAAAUGGUCGCACACUGUCACUUCUCUCCCACUCUCCCUCCACUCUGACUGUGACAGUUCUGGGUCAGACAACACCUUGACUUCUCCUGACAGGGCCACAGGCACCCGGAGAAGAUCCCUGACUCCCAAAGGCAGCCCACUUUCCAACAGGCGGAGCCCUCAGACUCUGAAGCGGACCCGGGUGACCACCUCACUCCAGGCUCUGCCCACAGGGACAGAGCUGACAGACCAGAAUGGGAAACACUGGACCCUGGGGGCCCUGCAGAUCCGGGAUGACCAAGGCAUUCUCUAUGAAGCUGAGCCCACUUCUGCCAUCCCCUCUGAAUCAAGGACCCAGAAGUGGAGAUUCUCACUCAAACUGGACUCCAAGGAUGGGCGCCUUUUCAAUGAGCAGAACUUCUUUCAGAGAGUAGCCAAGCCUCUGCAAGUGAACAAGUGGAAGAAGCAGUUCUUGCUCCCACUCCUGGCCAUCCCCACCUGUAUCGGCUUUGGCAUUCACCAGGACAAGUACAGGUUCCUAGUAUUCCCUACCCUGGGGAGGAGCCUUCAGUCAGCCCUGGAUGACAACCCAAAGCAUGUGGUAUCAGAGAGAUGUGUGCUGCAGGUGGCCUGCAGGCUGCUGGAUGCUCUGGAGUAUCUGCAUGAAAACGAGUAUGUUCACGGGAACCUGACAGCUGAGAAUGUCUUUGUGAAUCCAGAGGAUCUGAGCCAGGUGACCCUGGUGGGCUAUGGCUUCACCUACCGAUACUGCCCAGGUGGCAAACACGUGGCCUACAAAGAAGGCAGCAGGAGUCCACACGAUGGGGACUUGGAGUUCAUUAGCAUGGACCUGCACAAGGGAUGCGGACCCUCCCGCCGCAGCGAUCUCCAGACCUUGGGCUACUGUAUGCUCAAGUGGCUUUAUGGGUCCCUGCCAUGGACAAAUUGCCUUCCCAACACUGAAAAGAUAACUAGGCAGAAGCAGAAGUAUCUGGACAGCCCCGAGCCCCUCGUGGGACUAUGUGGCCGCUGGAACAGGGCCUCAGAGACCCUGCGGGAGUACCUGAAGGUGGUGAUGGCCCUCAAUUACGAGGAGAAGCCACCCUAUGCCACGCUGAGGAACAGCCUAGAAGCUCUGCUGCAGGAUAUGCGGGUGUCACCCUAUGACCCCCUGGACCUCCAGAUGGUGCCUUAGAUGGAAUCCAGAGCUUCCGACUUGCAGCUUGAAGUAGAACAUGAAGUAGUGUGACUGGAGGCCUGUUUGAACUCAUAGCUCCUAAAAGAAUCCCUUGAAUGUGUAUUCUCACCGCUCCCUUAGGACAUACGAAUCAGCACUUGUGUUGGGGAACCUGAGUCAUGUCAUGUAAUGUGAAACUCCUCCCUGUCUCAGCUCUGGCAGUUGUGGAUGGAGGUAAGUGGAUGCUGGCGGCUGCGGCAGCAGCAGCCACUCCACUCCCUAUGGCAUUUCUGUGAUGGCAUAAUAAACUGUUUUUAAUCAAA